AUGGAAGUCGUCCCGGGACAGCUCGUCCGCCGGGGUGAAUUCUCCACAAAUGAGACCUAUGUCUACUCUUAUUCAAGGGGCCUGAACGGCGUCAAUGUUCCUAGGGAUGUCCUGUUUACGCGCAUCAUUCUCAUAUCCGCCGUCGGCGUCGGCUUUUUUCUCCUGUGCGGCCGGCUCGCACAGCUUACCCAUGCUUAUUUCCGACAUAUUUCAUCCUUGACUGCUAGCAGGAGGGAGCAGACCUUUUGGAGUAUCGAAGAAUCGCAGCUAUGGGCCAACAUCAAGAAGCACGUCUUGUAUGCCCCAAUCGGUCGGAAGAGACACAAUCGCGAGAUCCAACUCUCGUCGGCCCUCAACGUGGGAACCCUGCCGUCCAGGUUCCAAGCGAUUCUAAUUACCCUCUAUAUCGGAAGCCAGAUAGCGUACUGCGCCCUCCUGGACUACGAGGUCAACGUCAAGCGCGCGCUCGUUGCAGAGCUUCGAGGUCGUUCGGGAACGCUGGCCGUUCUCAACAUGGUGCCAUUGUUUAUCCUUGCCGGCCGCAACAACCCUAUGAUUCCCCUGUUGCGCAUUAGCUUCGAUACUUGGAAUCUUAUACACCGCUGGUUGGGACGUAUAGUUGUGAUUGAGAGCAUUGUCCACACGAUCGCCUGGGCUGUCAACGCGGCAGAUGAGACGAGUGUCGCCGACAUGCUGGAUCGCAUGUGCAACACACCAUUCUUUGCCUGGGGCUUGGUAGCAACUGUCGCAAUGACUUUUCUCCUCCUUCAUUCCCCCUCGCCGAUCCGCCACGCCUUCUACGAGACCUUCCUACAUCUACACCAGCUGGCUGCCCUUCUUGCUUUCCUUGGCGUCUAUUACCAUAUCGACCUUGACAAGCUCCCCCAGAUGCCCUGGAUUACCGCCGCUGGUGCCUUCUGGCUCAUCGACCGCAUCUUCCGCCUCUACCGCCUCAUAUACCUCAACUACUCGCUCAAGAAGGGCUGCACACAUCUUGUUGUCGAGGCACUUCCCGGCGAAGCCUGCAAAGUCACCUUCCACCUACCCAAACGUGUCCACGUUGCUCCAGGGUCCCACGUCUACGCCUACAUUCCCAGCCUUUCCCUGUGGAUGUCCCACCCCUUCUCCGUCGCGUGGGUUGAGCCCAAUUCUAGCGUCACAACACCCGGGUAUUACGACAAAGAGCCGCCAAAAUACUCAAUGUCGCCCUCUCGCCUUGAGAAGCAACUGCCUCCCUCGCCCGACCUAGACCUCUACCUCCCCGAUAAAAGCCAACCCACGACCGUCUCCCUCAUCUGCGCCGCCCGCAAAGGCAUGACCCGAAAACUCUACAACAAAGCCCUCGCCUCCCCCAGAUCAACCCUCCACACCACGGGCUUCAUCGAGGGCCCCUAUGUCUCCCACCCUUGCAACCCCGCCACCUACGGCACAGCCAUCCUCUUCUCCGCCGGCGCCGGAAUAACCCACCACAUGCUCACCGUGCGCGACCUGCUCAUCCGUGCCUCCCAGGGCCGCAUCCCCACGCAGAAAAUCUACCUCAUCUGGUCCGUCCGAAGCACAGAACACCUCACCUGGGUCCGGGAGUGGAUGGACCAGAUCCUCCGUCUCCCGGGACGCCGUGACAUCCUCACAAUCCAGCUCUUCGUCUCAAAGCCGAAGAGUAGUCGUGAGAUUGUGAGUCCCAGCGCGACGGUGCAGAUGUUCCCUGGACGCUGCCGACCAGAGGUCGUCCUCGACGAGGCGAUCCCCAUCCGCGUCGGCGCAACGCUCGUCUCUGUCUGUGGUCCCGGUGCAUUCGCAGACGAGGUCCGGUCCGCGGCUCGAGCACGGAUUGGGCGAGGGGCAGUGAUCGAUUUUGUCGAGGAGGCUUUUACGUGGUGA